AUGGCUUUCGCCAGCCUCCUGGAGCACGUGGGGGGCAUGGGGCGCUUCCAGGUGGUCUCGGUGCUGCUCCUGUCCCUGCCCGUGCUGAUGAUGGCCAGCCACAACCUCCUGCAGAACUUCACCGCCGCCACCAGCGACCACCGGUGCCGCCCGCGCCCGGAGGCCAACGCCAGCGGCCUGGACCCCGAGGCCCUGCUGAGGGUCUGGGUCCCCCGCGGGGAGCGGUGCCGGCGCUUUGUGACGCCCCAGUGGUGGCUUUUGGAGGCCAACGCCUCGGAGCCCAACAGCUCCUGGCCCGAGACGGAGCCGUGCGGCGAUGGUUGGACCUACGACCGCAGCGUCUUCACCAGCACCAUCGUCACGGAGUGGGACCUGGUGUGCAGCUCCCGGGGGCUCAAGCAGCUGGCGCAGUCGGUCUACAUGGCCGGGGUCCUGGUGGGCGGCGUCUUCGGGGGGCUCUCAGACAGGUUCGGCCGCCGCUUGGUGCUCACCUGGUGCUACCUGCAGAUGGCCGCCAUGGGCACCUGCUCGUCCUUCGCGCCCACCUUCACCGUGUACUGCCUGUUCCGCUUCCUGACGGGCAUGGCCUUCUCGGGCAUCGUGCUCAACAGCGUUUCCCUCUCGCUGGAGUGGAUGCCCACACACAUGCGGGCGCUGGUGGGCACCUUCAUGGGCUACUGCUACACCACCGGGCAGUUCCUGCUGGCCGGCGUCGCCUUCGCUGUCCCCGACUGGCGCCAGCUGCAACUCGUGGUGUCCCUGCCCUUCUUCGGCUUCUUCCUCUACUCCUGGUGGCUGACGGAGUCAGCGCGGUGGCUCGUCAUGGUGGGGAGGCCCCACCAGGCCCUGCGGGAGCUCCAGAAGGUGGCCAGGAUCAACGGGAAGAAGGAGGAGGGGGACAAGCUCGACAUAGAAGUAAGAAGCUCCGUUGGGUCCCCCAGGGUGUCCCUGGGGUGUUUUAUAGGGGUCCCUUGA